AUGAAGUGGCUGAUACCGUUGUGUGCGCUCAUCCUGGCGGCCGCGGCUAACACCGUCGGCUUCAACUACAAGAAGUCGCAGGUGUGUGCCGGGAUCUACUCCAAGGACGACUGGGGCGGGAGCCACCAGCCCAGCGUCGAGCUCCAAAUCAACCAGUACGAAAACAAGAAGUAUAAAGAGGGCGAGGAGCCCCGACCUGUCCCCGACAUCGACGUGCUGUAUAUCAUCUUCGAAUACCGUGACUUGGAACACAUCGGGAUCGAGGUCGACGGCAAGCGCCAUUAUUUGUGCAACAAGGACAUGAUUGAAAAGGGGGUGUGUACCGAAGAGCAAAAGGGCAACUUCAUGUACCAGGGAGGCAACCACACCCUGACGAUCAUGACCGGUCAGCUCAAUCACUUGGGUAAGGCCAACCUCGAGUACAAUGUCUCCAAAACCGGGUACUACUGCGUGAGCACGGUGCUGAUCUACCAGCGCAAGUACUCGGGCGAGGUGCUGUUCCAGAACGCGUUUGGCUACUUGAGUGCGUCGGAAGUGCCCAAGUUGCCCGCGUACGGGAUCAUGUCAAUUCUCUACUUGGUCGCCCUUGCGUUGUUUGGCUUCCAAUUCUUUAAGAAGCGGAAGCAAAACCAGAUCUUGCCGUUGCAACGCUACUUGCUCGCGAUGUUGGGGUUCUUGACGUUUGACUCGAUUGUCGAAUGGCUGUACUACGACUUGCUCAACAGCACCAGAAAGACCACUUCGGGGUUCAACAUCUUUUACAUGAUUUUUUUGCUGUUUCUCAACGCCAUCAAGAUUUCCGGUACCUUCUAUAUCCUUUUGCUUAUCGCUAUGGGCUACGGGGUCGUGGUGCCUAAGUUACCUAAGAAAAUCAUGCUUCGGUGCAAGAUUCUCGCUGGCGCUAACUUUGUGGCGCUGAUGGUCUACCUUAUUGGUACCUACUACAGCGGUUCGAUCAUGUCGAUUUCGCGGACUACCGACAUCGAGGACAACAAUCUUGGCGGUAUUUGGGGUUUGUUUGCGUACAUUCCCAUUGCAAUUACCAUGACUAUUUACUACUUCUUCAUUCUUGUGUCGAUUAGAAAUACCAUCAAGGGCUUGCAAGAGCAGCGCCAAGUGAUCAAGUUGCACCUCUACGAAAACUUGUUCCGCAUUGUGUUCUUCCUGGUGGUGUUGACGUUCGCCGGGUUGGUGUUGUCGCUGUUCAUCUUCUUGCUGAUGCUGAGCACCGAGUUGAUGGAAGAACACUGGAAGGGUACCUUCUUCAUUUACGACUUCUGGCCGUCGGUGGUGUUCUUCAUCGUGUUCUUGGGGGUGGCCUGGUUGUGGAGACCGACGGAAACUUCAUACAUGUUGGCGAUCUCGCAACAGUUGUCUGCCGACGACCCUGAAGAAGACGAAAACGGAAACUACCAAAGAGGCCACGAAUUCGAAUUGGACGAUUUAUCGCUUAUGAGUCACUCCGAUGACGAAGCGGGUGGUGAUGCAAACCGCAACCUCCGCAACGAUCUGCUCGAUUUGCCUCACGACCAAGCUCCUGCCCACAAGAAGACGGAGGAGGAGAACCCGUUCGAAGAUGCUGCCACCUUGGGUACUCUGGCGCCAUUGGAACUGUCAUCGACCCGUCGGUCCAAUGACAAUACUCUCUUCGAGUUGGGCGACGAUGACUCCGACCAUGAAGACGACCGCUUAAACGAGGACGCUAAUGAAGACGAUCGUUUAACCGACACCAAUGAUAAAAAAGACCACCCCCGCAAGGAUGAAUAG